UGUGUCUAAAUAUGUAAAGGGUGUAAAGCCAAAAGUUAAGUGAAUUGAAGCUAAUAGUGAGGGAAGCUAAUAGUGGCCUGUAAAGUGAGAAACCUUUAGGAGAAUCAGAGUGUGGAUUAUGGGAUGGAGCUGGAUGGGUGUUCCUCCUUUUUUCCAAAUACAUUUUUUACAAGCAUCAACUAAAUUGUAUUACAAAUGCUUUAAAUAGUUUGUAAAUUCACCAUCAUUUACAGCUUGUCCACAUCCCUGACCACAAACAGGAAGUAGGAGCCAAUAUUUGCAUGUCUCCUGCCUGCAGCUCUGUUUGCCAGUUCUCUUUGUCCAAGAACCGAUUCUUGUUUCUCUCAGGAUGAAAUCUGUGUUCACAUCAGAUGGAAACUUUUACCUGUUUGAAUAUUCAAAUUCUGACAUAUAAGGGGCUCACUGCAGUCUUUUCUAUUGGAGCAGAUCAGAGGGUUCAUCAUCACAGACCAGACAUCACCUACGACGUUCAGGGUUGAAGUUAAAGAAGAGUUUGAGUGGACAAAGAAAAGAUGCCGUGGAGUCUGAUCCUGAUCCCUCUGAUGGGUCGGUUUUGUUUCAUUAAAUGUUACAUGUAUGAAUAUAAAUACAUUAAGUUUGAUAUGACUUGGACUGAAGCUCAGGAAUACUGCAGGAAGAAUCACACUGAUUUGGCUACAGUGACCAACAUGACUGAUGUGAAGAGACUUAACCAAACAGCAAAGCAAAGACCAGCCUGGAUUGGUUUGAAAAACCACACAAACAGCAACAAGAUCUGGCACUGGUCUCUACCUGGACUGAGCUUCAAUAAUAAUGAGACACACUGGAGAUGGGGUGAACCAAAUAAUGAUGGAAGUGAGCUGUGUGUGUUAUUAAAGAAAAACUUGACCUGGGUUGAUGAUCCAUGCAACAACAACCAGCGUUUUAUCUGCUACAAUGAAACUAACGCAUCUCAGAAUUUCCAUCUCAUUGAGACGCCUCUAAACUGGACCAACGCUCAGCGAUACUGCAGAGAGAAUCACACAGACCUGAUCAGUGGACUACAGCAGCUGGAUCAGUUAAACCAAACCUGGAAUGACAGUAUGAAGGAGAAGCUGGCCAUAACCAUUACUCAUGUUUUCAUUGGUCUGUUCAGUGAUGCGUGGGCGUGGUCUGAUGAGAGCAGCUUCUCAUUCAGAAACUGGGAUCAACAGAGAUACAAGGAUAAUGGACAGCAUGGGUGUGCUGUUUUAACAGAUAACGGCAUGUGGAACACAAAUGACUGUGGACAAACAAUACCUUUCAUUUGUUAUGAAGAUCAUGUGAUCCUGAUCAAUGAGAGCAGGACCUGGGAGGAGGCCUUAUACUACUGCAGACAUCAUUAUAAUGACCUGGUCACCAUCACUAACCUGGAUGAUCAGAGAUGGGUUCAGGAGAAAACCAAGAAUGCUACAACUCCUUAUGUGUGGACGGGACUGCGCUACACCUGCACUCUGGGGUUCUGGUUCUGGGUCAGUGAUGAGGUGGUCCGCUACAAGAACUGGGCCUCACCUGAACAGGUGAAUGAGUGUGACAUGUCAGGAGCCAUGGAGACAGGAGGAGAACACAAGUGGGUCAAGAAACAUGAUGAGGAGAAGUUCAACUUUUUCUGUUCUAAGUAAAAAACUGAUCACUUAGUACAGUUCCCUUCAUUUAUUACGAGUUUGUUGGGGUUUAGUGUAGUUUGUUGUGCAACUUGCUAGUUUUGGAUCUUUGAGUUAAAACUUUGUGAUUUGGCGAUGGUUAUGACAUAAAUAAUGCAUUGUGUUGAUUUGUUUGCAAAAGUUUUUCUUGCGUAGUUCUGUGUCUUCAUGACUGAAUGUGUUUAUCGUACGAUUAACAUCUUUCGUUUUGUGAUCAAGAUUCAAUACUUGUAUUAUGGACAUGUUUUUGAAGACUGGACUGAUGUUUUUUUUUCUCUAUUUCGCCAUUGUUGGCCUCUACUUGUCAUGGGGCAGUGGGCCCUCAAGACAAAACUGGCCAACUCGGACACGCUUUGCCUUCAGCCUUAAACUCCUUCUUUCUAUGAGAAUCUAUUCUGGCUCAGGGACACCAUCAGGAAUACCAGUGGAAUGAUACACCAUGCUGAACCUUUGAGACUUCCAGAUGGAAAACAGGAAGAAGAGAAGGAAGGACUGUCAUGGAAAUUAUACAUUUCAUUAUGUCUCAUCCUCUGAGUCUUGUUUUCUUAUUGUCAGAACACCCUGACCACAAUGUGUAAACAUUUUGAUUUCAUUAGAACAUCUUGUUCAUAUUAGAUAUGGCAUUUACGCUCCCGUCUGGAAGCUCCUGAUUAACUGCUGAUUGUAUGACUGUAUAAAAUGUGAACGUCCUUCAUCACAGAUCAGAGCUCUGCAGACCUCUCCGCCAUGCUCGCCAGCGUGUACUUUUCUCUUCUCUGUUUAAUAAACUUUCAUGAAA